AUGUUUAAACGCAGAGCAGCAGCAGCAGCAGCAGCAGCUGUUGCUGCUGCUGCUGCUGUUGCUGCUGCUGCUGCAGCGGGGGGAGUUGUAGUAGCAGCAGCAGCUGUUGCUGCUGCUGCAGGGACAGUAGUAGUAGUAGUAGUAGCAGCAGCAGCAGCAACAGCUGUUGCUGCUACUGCACUUGUAGUACUAGUAGCAGCAGCAGCAGUAGUAGCUGUUGCUGCUGCUGCAAGAGUAGCAGCAGCAGCAAUCGCCUCUUGUCCUCAGCAGCAGCAGCAGCAGCAGCAGCAGCAGCAGCCCGGCGGUCUUGGAGUGGUCCGGGUGUCUGUACACCGCAACUUGACGCCGACACAUCUCCACCCUGCUGCAGCAGCAGCAACAGCAACAGCAGCAGCAGCAGCAGCAGCAGCAGGGCCCCUCACCUUCGUACAGGCUGCAGCAGCUAUCAACCCCCCGCCGACAGCAGCAGCAGCAGCAGCAGCAGCAGCAGCAAGAGCGGGAGCAGUUGGAGCGGCAACAGAAGCAGCAGCAGCGCCGCAAGCAGCAGAAUCAGCAGCAGCACAGCAGCAGCACCAGCAGCAGCAGCAGCAACAGCAUCAACAGCAGCAGCAACAGCAACAGCAGCAACAACAGCAGCAACAGCACCAGCAGCAGCACCAGCAGCAGCACCAGCAGCAACAGCAGCAGCAGCACCAGCAGCAACAGCAGCAGCAACAGCAGCAGCAACAGCAGCACCAGCAGCACCAGCAGCACCAGCAGCAACAGCAACAGCAGCAGCAACAGCAGCAGCAGCAGCAGCAGGUAGGAGAUGAGUGA